CUUACAUUUCUCUUGAUCAUAUUCACUGUCUUCUCUCGUUUUCCCUCUACCAUUCCCUCAUCGUUUGUCUUUCUCUCUUAGUAAAGUUUUCUUGAACAAAAUAUACUAGAUUAAGAAAAGAGAGAGAGAGAGAGAGAGAGAGAGAGAGAGAGAGAGAGAGAUAAUGGAUGCGGUGAAUGAUUUUUUCCCAUUCUUGGCUAUGGUUAUUGUUCAGUUUGGGUUUGCAGGGAUGAACAUAACUUCAAAACUUGCAAUGGAUUCUGGAAUGAAACCUCUUGUUCUUGUUUCUUACAGGCAAAUCUUUGCCACCAUUGCGAUGGUUCCUUUUGCAUAUUUCUUUGAAUGGAAGACAAGACCCAAGAUUACCAAGCCUCUGCUGAUCCAAAUUUUCAUAUGUUCCCUUACUGGGGUAACUGGAAACCAGGUAUUUUACUUCAUUGGACUAGAAAAUUCCACCCCAACAAUUGGAUGUGCACUCACCAAUAUUCUCCCUGCCGUGACUUUUAUUCUUGCAGUCCUCCUCAGACAAGAAUCUGUUGGAAUCAAGAAAAUAUCUGGGCAAGCUAAGUUAUUAGGGACAGUAAUAUGUGUAGGAGGAGCAAUGUUGUUGUCCUUUUACCAUGGACCAAUGAUCAAUAUAGGUGAAUCCAGCAUUCACUGGAAAUAUGCAGAUGAAACAGGAAGCAGCAAUUCUGCUGCUGCAAAAUCAAGUUUCAUUUUAGGCCCUGUAUUUAUUAUGGCUAGUGCUGUUUCAUGGGCAGUAUGGUUUACACUCCAGGCGAAAGUAAGCGUUACAUUUCCAGCUCCGUACACAAGCACAUUGUUGAUGUGUUUUAUGGGCAGUAUAGAGUGUGUAGUGAUCGGCCUAGGUGCUAAUCAUGAACUAUCUCAAUGGUCAUUGCGUUCUCCUGGCAGGCUUAUUGCAGCUCUUUAUGCAGGAAUUGUAUGUUCUGCCCUAGCAUUUUCCCUUACUUCAUGGAGCAUUCAAAAGAAAGGAGCACUCUAUGUAUCAGUCUUUAGCCCCUUAUUGCUUGUUAUAGUUGCCGUUCUGAGUUGGGCCCUUCUUCGCGAGAAACUAUACCUUGGAACUGUCGUAGGAUCUGGUUUGAUUGUUGCCGGCCUUUAUGCUGUUCUGUGGGGCAAAGACAAGGAGAUGAAAAUGAAGGGUAUUGAAGAUAUAGAAGCAAUUAAGCAAGGUGGGGGGAAAGAAGAGAGAGGUGACCUUGAAUUGCAACUUCCUGCAAAUUCAAAUGGCAGCAAUGGUCCUGCAAAGUAAAAUGAAGCAAAGCUAAAUUAUCUGUUGCAGGUCUUUUAUGUUUGAAGAACCUUUCCAUUUGAAUUCUAUCAAAUUAGAUAUCAUGUUUGUAAUAUUAUUAUUUAGGAGAAGAAGCUUAAGUUUGCUUUAGUCUAUAAUUAACUUAGAUCAUCCAGUCCAGUCCACACUGUUUUGCUUUGAGGUGUACUAUUUCUGUUAUAUCAGAAUGACCUUCUGAUUGAGUAAUUAUGAAGCUAUAAUUAUCUCUA